UGAUCGCCGGCGAAGGAUUCGGCGGUGUCAUCAACGCCGCCCUCGAGCUCGGAAAGGUCAGCGGUUCUUUCAAGGGAACUGAGAUUGCUCUGCCCGGUGCUGAGUGGUAA